GAAAAUACGAGGGGUCCGUGAAGCGGCAUUUGACUGACAAUCCCUCCGCCUAAUCCACACAGUGGAUGCAGAGCGGAGCCGUGCCGUGCCGUGCCGUGUCGAAUGAACGGUCGGAUAUCCACUGGUGUCGGCUGGGACUGACAAAGCCUGGAAGCCUCCUCCACUGGACCCUGAAGCCCAGCUCUGAAGCCCAGCUCUCCAGCCGGAGCCGCCUCCUUCCUCGUACCUCAGCCGGACUUCAGCCCCUCUGUUCGGACAAUGGACUCCACCGUGCUCCCGGACACUCUCCGCCCCCAGAGACUGCAGCCCGGGAUCGGAUUGGGUUCGGGACAGACCGGGACCCUCCGCUCCUCUUUGAGACCCGGGGUUACGGUCCCUAUCCCGCCUCUCCUGCCGUCGCCGGCCUCCCUCUGCUCUUCGUCGGGGCCUCCUCCGCCGCCCCCUCCGCUCCAGCUCCACAGCCUGUACGGCGGCGCGGGGCUCGGCGCGGGGCUGGGCGCGGGGCUCGGGCCGGGGGCCGGCGGACACUGGAGCCCCGGGAACCCGGCGGUGCUGAAGGAGGCGGUGGAGGCGGUGGUGCGGAGCUUCGCCAAACACACGCAGGGAUACGGCCGAGUGAAUGUGGUGGAAGCUUUACAGGAGUUUUGGCAGAUGAAGCUGACCAGAGGGGCUGACCUGCGAAAUGGAGCUCUGGUCGUUUAUGAAAUGGUCCCAUCCAACAGCCCACCGUAUGUCUGCUAUGUCAGCCUUCCAGGAGGCAGCUGCUUUGGAAGUUUCCAGUUCUGCCCCACCAAGGCGGAGGCACGACGCAGUGCCGCCAAGAUUGCCCUAAUGAACUCCGUUUUCAACGAACACCCCUCUCGUCGCAUCACAGAUGACUUCAUUGAGAAGAGUGUCAGUGAAGCCCUCGCCUCCUUCAAUGGAAACAGAGAGGAGGCUGACAAUCCCAACACAGGCAUCGGAGCGUUUCGCUUCAUGCUCGAGUCUAACAAGGGAAAAUCCAUGCUGGAGUUCCAGGAGCUGAUGACUGUGUUCCAGCUGUUGCACUGGAAUGGGAGCCUCAAAGCCAUGAGAGAACGACAAUGCUCCCGACAGGAAGUGUUGGCUCAUUACUCCCAUCGGGCUCUGGAUGAUGACAUGCGCACUCAGAUGGCUGCCGACUGGGUGAACCGAGAGCAGAGCGUUGCGAGCACUAUCGCCCAGGAGCUGGCUGCCACAGAGCGAGAACUGGAGGAUGCCAGGCUGGCGGGCAGAGAACUGCGUUUUUACAAAGAGAAGAAAGACAUCCUGAUGCUAGCUGUGGGCCAACUCAGCGCAGCCAACACUGCCACCUUGCCCUCACACUAAGUGCAGUGCUCACCACAGAAACAUGCCUUCAGCCUCUCUAGGAUUCCUGGUAACAGUACUGAACACUUUUCUGGUUAAAAGGUAUCUGGUUUUGUAUCUUGUGUUGCGUCAUGAGGACCAGGUGAUCCAGCCUUGAUUACAGUAUGCACAUCUGUCCAGAUAACAAGCACUAGCCGCUAUAGCCAUCACCUUUUUGUGCCUAGUGAGCACCAGGUAACUGCUUUUUUCAAACUACCUGUAAACAUGCUUGGUAUACCAGCGUACCAGGGUUUUCUAUCUGUAUUUACUCCAAAUACAUUAUAGACAUACAAAGCCUGCCUUUCACCACUGAAUGUACAGGACAUACGUUUAUGUGACCCAUAAAACCAAACAGUUUUGAGUUGUGAAACCUGUUAUCUUCACACAAGGUGCCAGACAUCUGUGUUUUCUGAAUGUGUUUGCUUUGCUUAUAUGCAUGUAAUGUUCUGAACCCCAGACAAUGUUAAAGGCUCACUGUGUGAUAUUUAGUGACAUCUAGUGGUGAAGUUGUGGAUUGACUAUCCCAAAGUCUCACCCCAGUGUUGGGUUCAUUUGUGUUCAAUGUCCAAUAGGGAAGCAGAUAUGGACAGAACCUUCUGUCUGUGCUAUGCCUUCACUUUGUUGAGCUUACAGAUAUGACUAAACUGGAGCAGUGGCACCGGAAGUUAGCUAAUAGUUGAGAGACCAAUAUGAUCUUUGGGGAGAAAAAAUGAAGAAAUAAUAUCUUAAAGUCAGUGGCCUCAUAGAUCACUAACAUUUAGAACUGUCUCUGUUUUGAGCUCAUCUUAACAUGCACAUGAUCUCUACCGACAUGUUUGUUGUCACCCUAGUGGAUGGAUUGCAUAGCAUGCACACAAAUGGAAAAAAAAAGAGUGGAAGUAAUUCAUCAUUUGUUACAUACCCUAACAGACAUACCUUUACACAGCGUUUCCACUGCGCUGUGGCAAAAUCCUUGCCACCACACCAUGCAUUUCAUACAAAAAAAUCAUCACUGUCACAUUAGACUUAUUCUACAUAUGUAUAAUAUAUGAUAGGCCAGGACAAACGGCCUGCCCCCUCAAAUGAAAGUUUGUAAAGAUUCAGGAGGUAGGGAAAAGAUAAAUGAUGUAUGUACACCCCCCAUAGUAUUAUAAGUAGAAUGGAAACCGGCCGACCCCCAGGCCGAACUACAGGCCCCCCCCCGAUUGCACACCACCACACCAAGAGAUCACUUCUACAGGAAACACUGCCUUUACAUACAUAUCCUCCUUGUAUGAACUGGGUUAAUUUUGACCCAGCACAAGAUGAAUCUCACUGAUGUGGCUUCACCAAGUUUAAAAACUCCACACUUUUCCAGAGUGCAUUUGAUAGUUUUAAAAUCCUACAUUCUCACUCCAGUCAAUGCUUUUUCACACAGCACUAAACGAUUUGACUAUAUCUGCCGGUGACAUUCAACAUCAAAAUCACUCACAAUGAAUGUAUUUUAAUAGAUUCUGAACAGAAAAGGGCAAAUGUAUAGAUUCACCAUUUUUUAAAAUUUGACACUGAUGAAUCUAAUUUGCAUUUGUACAGAUUUAACCUGGAAUGGUCUCGGUGUACAGAAAUGUUUAGCACCAUAACCAAAUAUUUUCAUUGUUGGCCAUUUUGGACCCCUUUGGGAAAGUAUUCAUGUAAAAAAGAGCGUUUUGUUUUGUUUUCACUGUCAUCAAAUACCAGAUGGGGUCCAAUUGGACCCAAGCAGUAUGAAAAAGUGAAGGUUCACCCCAGUUCCACAUUCAGUACAGUAGGUCAUGAUAAUGCAUGUUAAUGCUGGAUGCCAUUUGCCAUGAAAAAGAUGAAGAAGAGGUCCAUUCUGAGGUACUGUAGAAACAUGGUGGUCCAUGUUGACCUACUCCCCAUGUGGAUCUAAUCCUCUCGUUGUAAACCCAUGGACAAAUAGUGAUUACCAUUAGUGUGUGAUUAUACAUGAAGUCAUAUCAUUUUUAAUGUUAUUUUCCAUGUUGCUAUUAGAUCCUCCUGAGUCUUACACAGUGAACCUUUAUGAUUAAGCAAAGAAGUGAAGUCCUCACAGAGGCGUGGCGACAGUUGUUGUGUGCAUAGAGACGUACUUAUCGGCUCGGGACGAUAAAUUGUUGGUACUUUGUCCAGAUUUUUUUGUACAGAUUACUAAUUUCUCUGAUAACAGGUCAGGUCUUUA